UGGUGGAAUAUUCUGGCCUAAUGACAAAAUCUUGGAAACGUCUUCCGGCGGCUCGCACAUAAGAUUUCUACUGCGUGUCAUUCAUUGUUAUGCUGGCAUAAAGCGCGUUCUUUAAUGUGAAUAUUUGCAAUGCAGGCUCUUACGCCUCACGUAAACUGGGCUCAGCGGCACGGGGAGAUUUACCUGCGAGUGGAGAUCAGUGAUGCACAGAAUCUGAGUAUUGGUGUUGAAGAGAACAUCCUGCACUUCCGAGGCCAAGGACAUGGAGCAAAAGGAGAAAAUGAAUAUGAAUUCAGCCUUGAAUUUUUAAAACCAGUUAAACCUGAGGUGAAACACAAAUCCACUCAGCGGCAGGUGAAUAUUACGGUAAAGAAGCAGGAGCACGUUUGGUGGGAUCGGCUUACUAAACAGGAGAAGAAGCUUUGGUUUCUAGCACCUGAUUUUGACCGUUGGCUGGACGAGUCAGAUGCAGAAAUGGAGCUCAGAGAAAAGGAAGAGAAACUAAACAAAGUCAGCAUUGAGUCAAGGGUCCGAAAGGACCCUUUUCUCGGCUUGAAAAAAGGAUUUCUCUUUAUGUACAACUUGGUCCAGUUUCUUGGAUUCUCCUGGAUCUUUGUCAACAUGACUGUACGUUUGUUCAUACUUGGGCAAGAUUCUUUCUACGACACCUUUCAUACCAUUGCUGAUGUGAUGUACUUCUGUCAGAUGCUGGCAAUAAUGGAAGUUAUUAAUCCUGCUGUGGGGCUGGUUAAGACUGGAGUCAUCCCUGCUUUCAUACAGGUGAUGGGCAGGAACUUCAUCCUUUUUGUCAUAUUUGGAAACUUAGAGGAUAUGCAAAACAAGCCAGUGGUCUUCUUUGUCUUCUAUCUAUGGAGUGCAAUCGAGAUAUUCAGGUAUCCCUUCUACAUGUUGGCCUGUAUUGAUACUGAAUGGAAGUUGUUGACUUGGGUGAGAUACACCAUAUGGAUUCCGCUGUACCCUCUUGGUGUGCUAGCUGAAGCUGUGGCAGUGAUUCAGUCCAUCCCCAUAUUUGAUGAAACCAAACUCCUCGGGAUUCCUCUGCCUAAAGCCAUAGGCACAUCGCUCAGCUUCUCGUACAUCCUGAAGAUCUACCUGGCACUAAUGUUUCUGGGCCUCUUCAUCAAUUUUCAACACCUCUACAAACAGAGGAAGAGACGGUUUCGCACAAAGAAGAGGAAAGCCAACUGAGUUUUCAUCCAGGGGAAGACUCCUGCUUCAACUUCAUAAUUUCUCUUACUGCAUCUCUCUUUUCAGUGAUUUAACCUUUCUCCCUUUCCAUUUACCAAUGAUGUUAUAUACCCUUAUCUCACAGUGAACACAUUACAUGAUGCAAAAAGAACCCUCUACAUUCAAACCCCAAAUCAAGUGCAUUUACUUUCUACACUUUAGUACUGAAGGACAAUGACCAAACUGACUAUAUAAACAUUAGAAAGAGAAAUUGAUGAUCUAACAAAUAGUUCUAAACAGGAACAUGAAGGUAUUUAUACAUAUUGUCAUUUCAUCUGUGUGCGGCUUGUUUGCUGUUUGAGUGUUUGAUAUUGUAGAUUAGUUGUGUGACAGGCUUACUUGACUGAAAACACAAGCAGCAUUUUAUCUUCCUAUUAUUCCCUGAGAGGUGUUGUAGUAGUUAUUUCUGCAGAGUAUUGAUAACAACAAGACAGACCAUUAUCCUCAGGGAAAACCUCAUGAAACAACUGAACAUGCAUUGGAAUAAUCAUUUCAGUGUCAUAUGUGAGAUCCGGAAAGUUUGUAUAACUGCAACUGAUGAUGAUUAAUAAAUUUCACUACUCUGAAGCAUGCAAUACGUGGU